UGCAAAAACCAAAAUUGUGGUUAUGUCAGGUAAAGCUACGUACUAUGACAAAUAAAAAACCAUUGUGAAAAUGCGUGUCCUAGCAGGUAGGCAAGAACGCGCAGAUUUUAAUAUCCUACUUUUCAUUUCGAUGCCAGUUUUUUGUCAAUUCAGUGCAAUUUUAGACUUCAAAACAUAAUGAGGUCCAUUCUGAUCUUCGCGAUUUGCGCGACAACUUUCAGUGUUGCUUACAGUGCCCUGAAUAUUGGCGAAUAUGUAAAACAACAUAAACAUAUGAAUUGCAGCGAAUCACUAAAUGGAAUAGUUAGCUUGCCGCGUUAUAACUCAUGGAAAUUACGAAACUCUUUGGCAAUAACACGAGCCGAAUUCGUAAUAUUAGCAAAAGAAAAAUUACAAAACUAUAAAACACCUGUGCUAAAAAAGUAUACACCUUAUAAACCUUUGAGAAAGAAGUUCAGUACAACAACAACAAAGCCUGACACAAUAUAUCCAAAUGAAGUAACCACCAACACACCUAAUAUUACGGAUAUAACCACUGAGUCCCCACAAUUUAAUGAGUCAACAACGAUUCACUCAGAAACGACCGAAAAUUCGAGUACAACACAGGUGAUGGAAACUUCUGAAACCAACGAGGAUCAAUCCACUGAAGCGACAGACUCAACAACGCAAUAUUCUAUUAGCACUAUAACAGUUUCAACAGUGCCAACUAUAUUUACAACAACAGAAAUAUAUUCAACUGAAAGCACAGUAGUGUACACUACAACGGACAGCUUGUCAACAAUAGAAACUGAAUUAACGACAACAACAACAUUUGAGGAUUCUACAACUGAGGCGGUUGCUUCAACUACGGAAACUACAGUAGAAGAAUUCACACAAAAUACGAGUGAGGAAACAGUUACAACGGAUGAAAAGCUAGGUACUACCGAUCCAACUAUUUCCACAACAUCAUAUAUUUCUGGCGUAACAGAAACUGAAUCAACACCCACAACGGAAACUGCUACGACAGAAAGUAUAUCAACGACACAAAAUGAGUAUACUACGGAAGAAACAACAACAGAAAACGUUAAUGAAUCGACGACAGACAUGGAAUCGACCACCUCGUACUCGGCGAGUACUGAAAGAGUGGAAGCGACAACUAACUUAGAUACAACUUCAGAAUCGCCUGAAAGUACUGAAACGACAAGCUUUCUAACGGAAAGCACAACAAAUGCUUGGGAUGUCGAAGAGACUACAAGUACUUCAUUCCGUCUUGAUAGCACCACAGCUUCGGAAAUUUCAGAAUUUACAAUAAUAUGUUGUAACACGGAUGAAACGACUACAGACACAACAGUUAUAACAGAAAACCCCACAGGCACUACGGAAGCAAAUACCGAAAGUACUUGGAGCACUGCGGAAACGACUGAGACCACAGAAACAUCCACUUCAGACACUACGGAAGCAAAUACCGAAAGUACUUGGAGCACUGCUGAAACGACUGAGACCACAGAAACAUCCACUUCAGACACUACGGAACCAAAUACCGAAAGUACUUGGAGCACUGCAGAAACGAUUGAGACCACAGAAAAAUCCACUUCAGACACUACGGAAGCAAAUACCGAAAGUACUUGGAGCACUGCAGAAACGAUUGAGACCACAGAAACAACCACAAUUACUCCUGACAAUACAACUACGACAGAUCAUGUUAAUAAUAAUGGUAAAGGACUUAUGGUUGCGGAUGUAUUUAAGACACCUGUUAGAUAUACUUACGAUAGUGACGUGAUGCCUACUUUAGACGAUUUUUGAUUUAUUUUUUCUUAAAUAGUAUAAUUUAUAGUUUCUAAUUAUUAUGAAUAUUUAAUAAUACACAUUUGUGAGUGUAUAUGA